GUGGUCCGAGUAGUUGCUAUGCGUUCGAGUAAGCGAUUGAAGUGGGAGAUGUGUGCAGAAUUAUGAACAUUAUUCCUUUUAGCUACAAUAUGCACUUGUGUAGUCAUUUAUUUGUACAUCGUGAUCCGUUUCGUGUGUGCUUCAUGUGAUUUUAUAUCGUGUAAAUCGGAUUUUAUAGUCAUAAGUUUAUGAUCCUAACCUAUUAUGUGCUAGCGAAAUAUUCUGUGUUAAUGUGACAGUUAAUGCUCUUUGUGUACCGGUGUAUGCUUAAUGUUUACAUGAAAUUGCUCUCGAAGGAUAUUGUUAAGUAAGUAAACGGCAUUUAUAUAUCUUAAUAUUGUAUUAAACAUUCUCGUAAAUUAUAUGUGUGUUGCGUGUUUCUAAGGAAUCAGAGAAGGGAAUCCAGGAGAGUCACUGCACAUUUGAUUCUGACUUCUUGUGCCUAUGAAACAUAUCAGUGUUACAGUUUGUGUGUUUACAUCGAGUUCUUCAGAGGAUUUUGCAAGUGGCGUUGUCUGGUGCUGAAGCUGGGCUGUAGUACGUGUGUUUUCUUUCCAAACAUGGGUCACAGUUUGCCGACAUGUUGACUGCAACCGUCACCCCCGAUGCUACUUAUCUGAGGUGUGGCCCCGCGAUGGAGUGCCCGGAAAUACCUGAUUGUCGUGGCGGCGGGUCCCUGUUCGGCCGUGCGGGGCACCCAGCCCUCUCCCGGCGGCUCUAGUCAACCCUCGGACCGGUUUCUCCUAGCUACGCGUGGGGUCGGUGGCUCCAUCUCAGAUGCGUCCUGGCCGCGGACUUCGUGUGGCGAUGGCCACUCCGGCCAUAGGGCGCCGCCGGACGGCGUCCUGUUUGCGCACCGUCGUCUUUCUCUUCCUGGUGACAUUUGUGUGGCUGCAGCUUCAUGUGGCUAGUCUCAGUGGCAACAGGCAGGCGCCGGGAGGCGACGCCCCGGAGGGCAACGACUCCACUGCCGCCAUCCUCAGCAUGGUCCCACAGGUGCUGCACAAGUUCCUGACACCGAAACCACGUAACAGCAGCCAUGCCGUGGGGGCCACCAACGCAAGUGAUACAGCAGCAAGUGGGCGGGCUCCCUUCAACAUCUCGGAAAUCCGCCGAAACAUAGAGCGCUACAACGAUAUGCAGCAAGUGCUGAAUGAGGAGCUGUUUGGGCCUGUUCAGAACGACUCGCUCAUCAUCGUGGUCCAGGUGCACACACGCAUCAUCUACCUGCGGCAUCUGAUCGUAAGUCUGGCGCAGGCAAGGGACAUUGAAACGGUUCUGCUGGUGUUCAGUCACGACUACUACGAUGAAGAGAUCAACGAAUUGGUGCAAAGUGUUGACUUCUGCAAGGUGAUGCAGAUCUUCUACCCUUACUCAAUACAGACGCAUCCGAAGGAGUUUCCCGGUGAGUCUCCCGGAGACUGUCCCCGCAACAUCAAGAAGGAGCAGGCCAGGGACAUGCUCUGCAAUAACGCCCUGUAUCCUGAUCUCUAUGGGCAUUAUCGAGAGGCAAAGUUCACGCAGACGAAGCACCACUGGUGGUGGAAAGCAAACAGGGUAUUCAGCCAGCUGGAGGUCACGCGCAACCACACAGGCAUGGUUCUGUUCCUGGAGGAGGAUCACUUCGUGGCCGAAGACUUCAUUCAUGUACUGCGGUUGAUGGAGCGAACGUGCCGCACGAGUUGUGACCGCUGCAAUAUCCUGUCUCUGGGAACGUAUCUCAAGACAUACAACUAUUAUGGAGACUCCAAGAAGAAGGAGGCUCAGAGAGCCCUGAAACGUCAUCAGACUUUCUCUCCAGGGUCAAUACCUCCAUCUUGGAACUUCCAGGUCCUCCCCACUCUUUAUCAGCACUACCAGAAGGCGGAAGUGGCCCCGUGGGUAAGCAGUAAGCACAACAUGGGGAUGGCGUUCAACCGCAGCACCUGGCAGGAUAUAUGUCACUGUGCUGAGUUCUUCUGCACGUACGAUGAUUACAAUUGGGACUGGAGCCUUCAGCAUAUUUCCCAGGGCUGCCUGGAACACAAGCUCUAUGCAAUGGUCAUGAAAGGACCUCGGGUCUUCCACAUUGGGGAGUGUGGGGUUCACCACAAGAAGGCCAACUGUGAGUCUACUGCAGCUAUAUCCAAAGUGCAGCAGGUGCUGAAGUACGCCAGCAAACAUCUGUACCCGAACUACCUGACUCUCACAGUGACUAACACAAAUAAGAAGCAGAAGUUGCGUAAAGGUAACGGUGGCUGGGGCGAUCUGCGGGAUCACCAGCUCUGCAUUAACAUGACUCGCAUGGGAAGGUAGUAUAAGGCGAGUCUCGGGCCAUGGUGAGCACUGAGUGAUGUGAACAGGUGGUGUCAGAUCUGACAGUUGUAACUGCAUUGAAAGAGGCCAGACGUUAAAUUCUUGAUGAACGUUAAACUAUGGUACCGGUAGGUGUUGUAGGUUUCAUCACAAGUGAGCCAACGAUGCUCAGAUGUUUAUAUGUAAUUCAUGUUUCCUGCAGACUGUGUUGUAACAUUUCAAAUGGUUGGCAUAUCAGUCUCUUGUCCAGUAAGUUAGCUGUUCUGUUGACAUAUUCAUGUAAUGUCUUGUGAUAGAACUUUGCGCCAAAUGAUGUGACAUGUUUGUGUUCAGGUGCUUUGAACUGUGUAACUGCCUGAUUACAAACACAGCUAAAUUGACUGAAACUUGUUCCUUACAUGACUGUUAAUUCCUUCAUGAAGGGAAUGGCUACUUUAGAGCAGUGCUGUUUCUUACCUUUUGAUUGUUGAACUUGUAAAUAAGGAGGCUUGGGUAGGGCAGCUAUCAUGGGAAGUCGCACAUUUUAAGAGUACCAUGUUCCACGGUGUUCAGUAUAAGUUAAUUGAUGUUCCUCUGAAAUUUCAGUGAAAUUCUACCAGACAACACAGUAUCACAUCCCAGAAGACUGCCGUGAGAAUGUCAAAUCCAAUUUACAAAUAUUAAAUUUCUAGAUUUGUAUGCUACAUGAUAAGCUGCAUACAGAUCUCAUACUCAGACGCAAACUUGGCUACAAGAACAUGCCUACCUGGCGUAGGUGUAGCAGCGUUGAUGAAAUUGUAAACAUAAUAUUUUCAUUCCAUCUUCCCUGUUGUGAACUGUUAGGUUAGAGUUUUGAUGUAACGAGGUUUUGUCAUUUCCAGGAACAAAUGAUAACUUUGAAUUCAAAAUUAAACCUUUUAUAUUGAGUUUUUCUUUAAAGAAAACGGUGCCUUUGUUCAGUUGUAUGUUUUCAUGGUAAAGUAGAAGGGGCUAGGCAUCAUGACGAAUAGUGAUCUGUUGUGUGUCAUGUCUGCCUCUGUGUUAUAGUGGUCAGAGUUCAAUUCUACCAGAUUUUCUGAAAAUUAGUUGGUCUCGAACGGGGUCCACUCAGCGUCA